AUGUAUAAAGUUGCACUGCCGUUUCCGUCGCUGCUGCUUCCGGUGGUGGUGCUGCUGCUGAUGGCACCGGUCCUGUGCGGGGCAGGUGCAUCGCUCGCUGCGAAUGAGUUAUCGUUUCUGGUGUUGAGCCAGCCGGCAAAGUUCAACGCAGCGCGGGCACGCUCCCUGCGGUUCAGCAUCGCCGAGCAGCUGAGCAAGGAACUGAGCCAGGAAACGGAACCCAACGAGCCGGACAAUGUUUUCCUCUCGCACGAACUCUUUCCCGGCCACGACGGAGCGUGGGCCAUUACGCCGAUCCUGCGGCACGUCCGGGCGGCAUUGCUGAAGGCGACCCACCGGACCGCCCGGUGGCUGAUCGUCUGCGAGGAGCAAAGCCGUGUCAACGUGUCCGUGUUAGCGCGCCACUUAGCCAAGGAGGAUUACCGGGAGAAGUUAUUCCUGGGCUACCCGCUGCACGACCGGGAGGCGACCAUAAUUCAUCAUUUCGCCUUUUUCAAAAACCCGUCCGGCUUCCGCUACCCGUACGUGCGGGCCGGUGUCGCCCUGACCCUGCCCCUCGUGGACCACCUGGUCGAGCUGAUCUCCGACGCCGCCCCGUCGCCCGGUCCGGCCCUGUCCGAUUUUUCCAUCGACGUUGCCCACGAGUUCGCGCUGCUCGUCUGGCGCCAGGGGGCCGGAUAUCCGCUGCAACCGAGGCGCUACUUUUGUGCCAACCCCGCGCCGGACUGUGCGAUUCAGGUGGCCACAGCAGCGGAUCCGGAAACCGAUUGUACCCACAAACCGACCACCGUUGGGCAAAUUAUGUUUGCCGUGAAAACAUGCCACAAGUACCACGGAGAUCGCAUUCCCGUCCUUAAGCGCACCUGGACCAGGUUUGUGCAGCAUUUGCGGUACUUUAGCGAUGUCGCUGACCCAUCGAUACCGACGGUGGUGACGACCGUGCCCAAUACCAGUGCCGGCCACUGCGCCAAGACGCUCGAGAUUCUGCAGCUCAUCGGGGACGAGAUGCGGUUUAAUGGCAGCCUGCAAGCCGUCCAGUGGGUGAUGCUGGUCGAUGAUGAUACGAUACUGAGUCCAUCGUCACUGGCGCGUUUCCUGAGCUGCUACGAUCCGGAUCGCGAUCUAUACCUCGGCGAACGAUACGGUUACCACCUGAAGGGCACGGACGGCUACAGCUACGUGACCGGUGGCGGUGGCAUCGUGCUCAGCGUGGCCAUCCUGGACGCACUGCAGCAAACGUGCGAGUGUCCGGCGCCGUCCUCACCGGAUGACAUGAUACUUGCGGCGUGCCUGCAACGGUUGGGCGUACGGCCGAUCCACUCGACACUGUUCCACCAGGCACGGCCCACCGACUAUGCGCCCGAGCUGCUCGACCCGCGGCGAACCGUUUCGUUCCACAAACACUGGCAAAUCGAUCCGCACCAGGUGUACAACAGGUGGUUCCGGCAGUCCGACGAACAGUAUCACUCCGGGUCCGCAUGGUCCGAAGGGAGCUGGAUCUAUCGACGCGAAUCGUACCCGCUUCAUCCCGCGCCGCCCAUCACGAACAAUCGGAAGGAGCAAAACGAUAGCAUUCGUGAGCAUCCCGAACACGACGGCGACGACAACGAUGAUAAACCGUCGCCUGUGCGACAGCCCUCCAAUUCCCACGGUGACCAGCCUCAUCAUCCCCCACGGGCGAGCGUUUCAAGCGCGCCGGACCGAAAUGUUCCGCUGGCUGGCUUCACGGACGCACCGCAACAUAUCGUACGGCCGCAUUGGUGCGCCAGUAAUGAGCUUCAAUCAAACGGUGAGCCGCUUCUGCUGCGUCAGCAGAACCUGCCGGAGUCGGCAAACAUAAUUAAACACACCGAUCUGUAG